UCUGCUCGGGCUGCUGAGCUGGAUGUCACAGCAGCAGCACAGUCUUCAGGACAGCCCAAGGUGGAGGUGGUCAGAGGAGCAUAAAGUGGGCGAUGUUAAAGGGUUUUGUCGCGCGGGGAGACAGUUGAUACAGUCCGUGCGAACAGUACAUUUUACCAGCUGAAGGAUCGAGAGUCAAACCGCCGAAGUAUUUUUAGAUCACUUCUGAAAGGAAUACAAAAAUGUCGUCCCCAAGUCCAGGCAAGAGGCGAAUGGACACCGACGUGGUGAAACUUAUUGAAAGCCAACAUGAGGUUACCAUCCUCAGCGGACUCAAUGAGUUUGUGGUCAAGUUCCAUGGACCAAAAGGAACCCCAUAUGAAGGCGGUGUGUGGAAAGUUAGGGUAGACCUACCAGAUAAAUAUCCUUUCAAAUCACCAUCCAUAGGGUUUAUGAACAAAAUAUUUCACCCAAACAUUGAUGAAGCAUCAGGGACAGUUUGUCUAGAUGUUAUAAACCAGACAUGGACCGCUCUCUAUGAUCUUACCAACAUCUUUGACAUGUUCCUGCCUCAGCUGUUGGCUUAUCCCAAUCCCAUAGAUCCUUUAAACGGAGACGCAGCAGCCUUGUACCUGCACAAGCCAGAGGAUUAUAAGCACAAAAUCAAAGAGUACAUCCAGAAGUACGCCACAGAGGAGGCCCUAAAGGAGCAGGAGGAGGAGGGUGGAGACUCUUCGUCUGAAAGCUCCAUGUCAGACUUUUCUGAGGAUGAGGCUCAGGAUAUGGAGUUGUAGUGAAUGGGGAGAGCCUGUCUCCUUCAACAGACUUGAGCAGAAACUCACUACUAUAUUCAUAUUUAAAACUAUUUUUACACCAACAGGAGGAUAAUUUUUAUGCCUUCAUAAGGAUUUGCAGUAUGCUAUUGCAAAAUACUCUUUAGGAACUCAUGACCACUCACUCUCAGCCCCUAUUUCCUUUGAGAGCCUGCUUAGAUCAGAAUGGAGCCAUUCAUGUCCCCCAUGUUGUGUGGCUUGAGCCUUGUUCAGGCUUUCAUACUGCACCAGCAGUGGGACUGUGCCACUGACACACAACGGACUGUUUACACUCAUUUGGAUUCACAAGGCUCUCUCACUGCCUCCUCUGUUUCACACGACAUGUUUUCUUACUCUGUUAGCAGACUUCUUAUUCAGUCCUGCAGAGGACUGCAGGAUGACAAUCUUCCGUUUUCUUCAGUGCUGCCUGCUGUAAAAGAACCAAGGAACGUCACUGUUAUUUUGCCACACUUUCCCCAGAAUGUUCUAGUGGAAGCCUAUUCAAAACAUCACUCAUGAGGAGAGAAGGACAGCAGACAGCCACAGUGCAGCCAAAGCCAUGCAAUGUUUUAGUUGCUUCUGUGACCCCAUACACACGACACUGCAGUGUGAUACAUGAAUGAAAUUCAGGGAAAAUCAUAUUGCUAAGCAUCAGUGUUGAACUCAUGCUUUGUUCAGACUUUCAAAAAGCUAUCUCUUCCCUUUCCUCUGCAUUAAAGUCCUGUCAUUUAGAGUAUCUUCGUAUAUUGUGGCAUGACCCAGAAGUGAAGUUGUGUAGGCAUUGUGGACAUGGGGAUGACACCUAUUAGCAGGUCUAUGUUGAAGCGUUAUUCUAAACUUUGCCUAUUGCCUGUGUUGAACUAUAUAGGUGUUUAACUUGUAGGGAUAGUUAGCUCUUUUUGCAGGUGGUUAGUCAAAAUCUAUUAUUUAAUACUUAAUAUGACGUUCUAUUUGAAAAUGUCCUGUAAAGACAUUCAUCCCCCUUUGUUUGUGGGAUGACUGAAAUCCUCCAAAGACCCCUGAUAUGCAAAUAUGCAGCCAUCUUCAUCAGUUGGACAGAAGUGCUCUUUGUUUCUAUGUUGUAGUAGUUUUGUACACACUGUUAGCACCUGUUGCUUUCUAAAUGGUGGGACCAAACUCUGGACUGUUUUGAUAACGUCACAAUCUUACUAACAAUGGCUUUCAAUGAGGACCACAGUCUGUUCCUCUCACUACACUGGCAUUUGGAUAUCAUUAAGUUAUAUACUUCUUUAUGACAAUACAACAUAGCUCUAUACGUUUUGUUAGUUUCCUGAUUUUGGUGGAUAUGUCCCACACUGAAAAAGUGGAGAUAACAAAUAAAUGUUUACUGGUCAGUUUGGUCAAGUCUGACGAUUAGCAGGUUGAAUUUUUGUAAACGCAAAGAGCAUAAACUCAUUGCAUUAUCAGUACAUUAGUGUUAUAUUAUUUCUUUGAGAAAGUAAAGAAUUUUAGUUUAUUAUCCUGAAAGUAUUUCUUUAUAUUUGGAUACAUAAAACAAAGCUCAAAAUGUACCCCUUUACAAAUGUUAAUGGAAUCUUCCAUGUUGAUGGAUUAAAAUGUGUUAGUUUUAUUUUAAAAAAUGUCCACGUUGAUAUGACUUGAAUUAGUUUCUUUCUUUUAACCCCAAAUAGCCAAAUAUGGACGUUCCAUUUAACUUUUCUUUAAGAAAAUUGUAUUUUACAUAAAAGAAUGUGUCAGGGUUUAUCAUUGUAUUUUUUAUUAAUCAUUUGAUGCCUUUAAUUAGUAGGAAUGUUUUAUCGUCUAAUCCCCAUGUCCCAGAUACAAGAGGAGGCAUCCAUGAUUUUUAUGGAAAAAAAUAAAUAAAUGUGCUUCCCUUGUAACUUGAAGAAGUAAAUAAAAUAUUGUCAAUGUUGU